UUCGUUCUUCCAUUCCUUGCAAAGUCGCUUAACAAAUCACUACACUACGUGAUUCCACUCCACCACGCAAAGAAAAAUUUUUGCGGGAAAUUUUCUAAAGUUUCAAAAAGUUUUAAUUUGUUUGAUCUAAAAAUAAAGAGAAAAAAGAAAAAUCGUGUGUAGAAUUAAUUUUCCAGUGUUGGUGAAAGAAUAAUUUUUAUUUUAUUUUAUAAAAUUGAAUUAAUUGAGAGGCAUUCGAAAAAAAUGAAGGAAAGUCUGGGGCUUUGAGUGAAGAAAUUUGAUUUAUCGCUUCCUAAUUUUGCCGGUGGAAACGUAAAAUACAGAACAAAUGCAACUGGGGCAGAAAGUAUUAAGGAAGUGUGAGGAGGAUUUUUUCAAGAGAACACAGACAAUAAUCUGCUGGAGUAAGAGGCAGCUAAGUUGUCCGUAAAGGUUGCUGGCAACAAAAUAAAAAAUCAGAAAUCAAUCUCUAGCGAUUAUUACAAAGGGAAAAAAUAAAUAAAUAUCCAAUUGAAAAGGGAAGAUAUAUCCUGAGGAAUAUUGUACACAAAGUAUCCAGAAUUGGUGUUUCUGUGUGAAAUGAUGUCGCGACACUUGGUAGCUGUUUGCGUCGUGUGUCUACUGUGUGCUGAUCAUUUGCCAUGCGAAAAGCAUGUGGAUCAUGCUGAUCAUCCAGUAGAUGGGGAAAUUAAUCCGAUAGUAGUAAAUUUAGCCUCUUCUCAAGGACCAGAGUUGGGAGUGCGAGUUAAAAGGCACACAGCUAUUCGGAAAAUUGAAGAACAUGAUCCGGGGAAGAGUGUUGUUAAGGAGAUCUUCAAAAAGUACGGAAAUGAACACGACAUGACCAUGACUUUGGCGGGAUUUGAAGCAAUGCUGGAACAAUUGGGUCUUGUAAAAUAUCUUCAGCAGGAGAGCAAUCCCACCGCGGAUAUACCAGUGGCAGCUUCAAAUGAAUCUUGUAUUUCCAGUGGAGAUCUCAUGACAAAAAUAUCGAAAGACAAAUCAAUACAAUCCAGUGCAUCAUCCCCAAAGAGGAGCCUUAUGCAACUCACAGAAUUCGAUCUGAAGACAGUAUGUCCUAUUCUUCUGUAUCAACUUGUAGCACAUCCCACCUCAAAGGAGAGAUUCGGAUGCUUAACUUCAGAUCAAAUUGCCAGUGAAGAGUUUGCAGAAGCUGAGAAUUUAAUGGCAGUCAAUGAGGAUACAACACUUGUGUGGGUGUAUGCAUCUCUAUCGAUUCUUGGCGUGAGUCUCUGUGGUUUACUUGGCGUAGCUGUGAUACCAUGUAUGGAGAAAAAGUAUUAUCAUCAUGCACUACAAUUCCUCGUGGCACUGGCUGUGGGAACACUUUGUGGGGAUGCUCUUUUGCACCUCAUGCCACACGCUAUGAUGAGUAUUUCGCAUCAUCAUGGCGAGGGGGAGGAUGAUCAUACAACAAUGACGCAUAAGGGGCUCGUAGCAGUGCUGGGAAUUGUCUUCUUCUACGCCAUGGAACGUGGGUUAACCAUGAUUGCAGAAUGGCGAAAGAGGAGGCAGAAGCUGGAGAAACCCCCAUCACGUAUCCGUGUUAUGCGUGACCCAGAAUCAGCUUCACUCAAUAAUGCCACCGGUGAGAAGUUGUGCAAACACAAAUACAGCUCGUAUCCCUAUUGCUACGAUGAGAUUGCAAUGGAAACAAAGGAUGAUCAUCAUCAUCACAAUAACUACGAGAAACCCGGGUCUCCGGGUCAGAAGGUGGCUCACAGUAGGAAAAACAAUUCAAUUCUUCCCUUUGGACGUAAUCAGCCGGAACAGCAGCAUCAGGAAGCUCUAAUGCACAACUAUACCAUUUCAUCGGCAUUGAGUGAGAAUCACAAGGAACCCACCUCGGAGAAGCCAGAAGCCACAGAGGAGACUACCCAGACUGCUGAAGAGGCGACCAAGAAUGAAGCACGGCAUGAGCAUAGUUACACAGUUAUCCUUCGGGAGCAUGAAUCGCAACAUCAUGGACAUUCGCACACGCACGGUCACGUCCAUUCACCGCCCAGUUCACUCUCUGCUGUAGCUUGGAUGGUUGUCAUGGGGGAUGGAUUGCACAAUUUUACCGAUGGAAUGGCAAUUGGAGCUGCAUUCUCAAAUAACAUCCCCGGAGGAUUCUCAACGGCAAUUGCUGUCUUCUGCCAUGAACUUCCACAUGAACUGGGUGAUUUUGCUGUACUUCUAAAAGCCGGAAUGUCUGCACGUCAAGCUGUCUACUAUAAUCUCCUUUCGUCGGUGUUGAGUUUCUUUGGAAUGGUGCUGGGUGUCUUCAUUGGGGAUACACCUGAAGCUUCCGGAUGGAUUUUUGCCGUUGCCGCAGGGAUGUUUAUCUACAUUGCUCUCGUCGAUAUGAUGCCAGAACUAACAUCAUCACACCAGGAGAGAUGUGCCCUGUCAACGUGUUUGCUGCAAAUUUGCGGUAUGCUUUCCGGAUUAAGUGUCAUGCUGCUGAUUGCACUCUACGAAAAUGAUCUCAAAUCCAUCUUCACAACUGAUCAUGAUCAUCUUCAUAAUCAUCAUCAUCACAAUCAUCAGCAUUAUUAGAGAGGAAAAUGCGAGGAAAAUUAAUGAGGUGUAGAAGUGAAGUUUAGGAUUUUUAAUUUGUUUUAAUUCUUUUUUUUUUAUUAGGAAUGAGAAUUAUGUAGGAUUUUAUAUUUUUUUUUCAUUAUAUUGUCACAUAUUAUUUUGCGUGAUGUAGCUAGAGAGAAACAAAAGAAAAUUAAGGUAAAGAAAAGGAAGAAAAGUGGUUUGAAAGAAGAAGAGAAAACCAUAGAGAUCUUGUCAAUUACUGCAGUAGAUGCGUGUAAGGUUAGAAUGAAAAAAGGAAGGUUUGGGACACUAUAGAUUAUUUAUAGAAAUUUCACUUAAUUAUGUAUUUUAUGUAGAUUUUGAGAGAUUUUUUUUUUAAAAACUUAGUUUAAGUGGUUCCAACUUAUCUCAAGAUUCACAGUGUAAAAAAAUCGCAAAUUAUUUGCGAUUGAAGGAAAACUUAACAAAAAAUUGCAAGGAAGAUAAAAUGCUGCCAAUUUGUUUUAAUUAUAAAUAGUUAAGAGAAGAAAGUAUCCAAGGAAAUAUAUAUGUAUGUUUUUUCUGUUUUCUUUGUGAUCUUCACAAUGCAUGUAACAGAAGGCCGAGAUAGAAUUUUAAUCGAUACGAUUAGAUGAAUUUUAGAGACAAAAAUGAAACUUACUCCAUUUAUUUUUUUUUUCAAUAAAUCACCUCCCUCGAAUCAGAUUACAUUUUGUGAUUAAAUAAGAAAAAAAAAACAUAAGAAGACUGCUUCAAAUUCGACAACAUUAUCGUGGAUUACAUCGGAAGGUAAAUGAUCCGAAAGAGAAGAAUAAAAAAAAAGGAGAAGUGUGCACAAGUAGGAGAUUAUAUAUCAAAAUUUUCACAGGCAAAAGUAUAUUAUAAUGCAUAUUUAUCAAGAAAAGUGUCAAAUUCUUUUAAAAGAAAACGGUGUUAUUGAUGAAAGUGAAAUAAAAGGAAAGGAAUAUGCCAAGCUAAAAAA